AUGAUUCUCAAAAGCAUCCGAGAUGAUAAUUUAGAGCAAAGCUGCUUGCUGGAAUCCGACGCGUCUGCCGCGCUGCCAGCAGACGCCACGCAAGACGCACUCCGAGAGAAAUUCGUUCCACAGCUGAAGACAAUGUGGACUUUCACGGAAGCCCAAGCUAAGUGCUUUAUUCGUGAUGCUGCAGAAGGCUUAGAAUAUUUGCACGAAGACCUUGGAAUCUGCCACAGGGAUCUCAAGGUGGACAAUCUUCUACUGGGCGCUGACGGUCGUGUCUGUGUGGGCGAUUUUGGAAGCGCCGAGAAGAUGAGCGCGAAUGGAAAAGUCAGAUAUACAAAGGGUACGUACAUGUUCAUGGCUCCCGAGUGCCUCCGCCCGAUAGACGAGUCCAAGGCAUACGAAGGGCACGAUGGUCGCGCUGCUGAUGUCUGGGCACUGGGAAUAUGCGCUUAUGUGAUGAUAUUCGGAACUGUUCCAUUUGGCGCGAGCUCAAUAGAAAGCCUUUUCGAAGCUAUCGGGGAAGGAGCAGUGAAAAUUCCUAAUGACCCACCCAUAUCGCCAGAGUUGCGUGAUUUCUUCCAGAAGGUGCUCCACCCGGAGUGGCAAGACCGUUUAUCUGUGUGCCAAGUCCUGGACCACCCCUGGGUGGCGACAGCAGAUGAUGCAGAUGCCGCUGCAUACGCCCACAGUCUUCUUCAGCAACGCGCAAUUGCCAGCAGCUAG